AUGACGGCACCCUUAACGGAGAUAGUCGAGUUUGCUGGCCCGCAGCCUCGCUUCGAGAGCGAUGUCCCCGGAGAGACUUUCCACAGCAGACCCUUGAUGCAUACACACCGCUCCUGCAAGAACUGCCGACGUUUUCGCCGCUGCACGAGCGAUGGAAAAAGUAUGGAUCUUAUGCGCUGCAAGGGGUGCGAGAUCGAAAGCUAUUGCUCGAAAGAGUGCCAAGUGCACGCGUGGAAGACUGGACACAAAGCUCUAUGCAAGCGAAUGUCGGACCAGAAGGAAGACGUGUUGCGUCUCACGGGCAACGCGGGCGAAUGGGGUCGCUUCACGCGUUGGGUCGAGUAUCACCACACUUCGCUCAUCAACGCGGCGCUCGCAGCCUACAGCGCCGCCGGCCCGAAGGCGGACGAGAACCAUGUCUUGUUCGUGGACCUCUAUCGCUCGAGGUGCUUGACCCACGGAUCAAACUGCGACGACAUCCCUUACGAGCAAAGCUUGUUCCCAGCGAACACCUAUCUCGCCCAUCGCGACAGCACAGCUGGCAAAGCCUUUGAUUAUAUCUUUGAUGAACGCGAGCUGGCCAUGCCGAUCGUCAAGCGAGAGCAUGGGAAAGAUUAUGGGGGUACCGGCGCCUAUGUCCUUUUUCGGACGUACGCUCAUGGUACGCCGGAUGAGAAGGUGCUCCCGUUCUGGAUGUUCUUCGGAUUCAACAAAUAUGACGCGCGGGCGCGGCCGAUUGGCAAUCCUCUAGAGCUGCUGCACAAGAACCUGAGAGAGGGUCACCGAGUUCGGUUCUGUUGCGGCAAGAUCGUGGAGGCAAUGGGCGGAAGUUCCUGCUGCUGUGGGGGGUGGACCCACGAUACAAAGGAGGACGUCCAGCCGUCGUCGGAGGUUGACUGA